CGAUCACAGAUGUUUCUCCUUUCCUUUAUGUAUUUAUUAUUUUUAAUUAAAUGUUUUCUUAUGGUCGCAGCUGGUUGGCUCUUUCUAAAUCUUAAACUUCUCUGAUUUUCUGCAAUAUGAAAUGUACUUCCACGGCCGAAUCCUUUUAAAAAGUGGGCGGUCAGCGUGGCGCUCCAAUAGAACACGCGCACGGGCGGAACUACAGUUCACUCCCUUGUCUUCUGCCGGAACUCGACAGUGUGACACUCGGGUCGUAAACAGCAGCGGCGCAGGCGCUAGCAGCGUUAGCUGAUGGAGGCAGGAUGUCCUCAGCUCAGCGUUUCCCUCCGGCUCACGAACUCUGUCAGACGGAUGUGGAGCGCACCUUCGUCCGCUGUCAGGAGGAGCUGCUGGACAUCAGCUGGAAGCCUGAGAUAAAGUUACACAGAAUCGAUCUUCCGCAUGUCAGUCAGAAUGAGGAAGAGGAGUUCUGUGACCAGGAGAGUAACUCCAGUCUGGACCAGGAGGAUCCAGAACCUCCACAAAUCAAAGAGGAAGAGGAAGAACUCUUCAUCAGUCAGGAGGGAGAGCAGCUCCUACUAAAGGAGGAGAUCGAUACUUUUAUGGUGACUCCUGCUUAUGAGGGCAGUGACCUCAGCGAGUCAGAAUCAAACUGUGACCAGCUCCUCUCACCCAGCUCUCCUGAAACUGAGAGCUUGAACAAAGAAAGCUUUGAUGUAGCCUCAGGAUCAACUAGAAAUGCAGAGCUGAAACCAAAGCAGAGCCAUCACAGAAACAGUGACAGCAGUUUAGACUCUGUCAGUAAAUGUGACGUUUGUGGGAAAGACUUUCAGGAUGACGGGAACCACCACAGAACCUCAGAGAAGCCGUACGCUUGCAGCACCUGCGAGAAAGAGUUCUAUCAGCUUUAUUUAAUGAAGUAUCACCAAAAUGGCGUUGCAGAGGAGAAGCCGUUUUCUUGUGAAACAUGCGGGAGAGGUUUCCGAGCUCGAGAUAAAAUGUUGAUUCACACGAGAAUCCACACAGGCGAGAAGCCCUACCUUUGUAACGCCUGUGGGAAAAGCUUUUCUCAGUCAUCGGCUCUCAAACGGCAUGCGUUAAUUCACUCGGGGGAGAAGCCGUAUUCCUGCAAAGUAUGUGGGAAAACCUUCUGUCAGAGUAGUGAUUUGACCGUCCACAGCAGAAUCCACACGGGUGACAAACCGCACAUCUGUAAGAGCUGUGGGAGAAGGUUCUCUGACGCUUCAGCGUUCAAACGGCACACGGCGAUCCACACGGGAGAGAAACCGUAUUCCUGUAAACUGUGUGGAAACAGCUUCAGGCAGAGUGGCCAUUUGCUGCGACACAUGAAGAUCCACACAGGCCAGAAGGACUACUCUUGUACAAUAUGUGGCAAAUGUUUCACUCAAAGCGGCGGUUUGAACGUCCACAUGAGGAUUCACAAUAGAUAGAGACCGUACUCUUACAAAGUGUGGGAAAAGCUUCAUCGAUCGUCGUAACGUGUCUGCACACAUGAGAAUAUAAACAUGCAAGAGAAGGAGAAGUCCUGCCAGACGUGUGGGAAGAGUUUCACUCAGAGUGGUAGUUUAACAGCCCACAGACUCUCAGGAGGAAAGUCAGGCCUGUAAUGUCUGAGUGGAAAAUGCGUCUGGGAAGCAGAAGUCGUUAAGUAGAGCUUUGAGCCUUUAAGUGGUUUUUCAGAAAUGCAUAGCAGGCUGUGUUCGAUGAAGCUGCCUGGGCCUGGAUCAGUGUGUCGGAGUGCACAAUCAAUCUUUGUCAGAUUGUCCAGUAGACGUGGUGAAUCUGUAAUAAGUGCAUUUCAGUUUUUAUUGAAUGGGUCUUAUUGAAACAUGUGGAUGUUUGUAAGGGAGUAUGAUGAUGUCAUGGAUUCAGUGAGUUGUACUCUGAGGCCUGAACAACAUUUGAAAUGUUGUCAGUUUGUUUUCUGCAGGCAAAUACGAAGUUUGAAUGAUUUUCACUCCACAGUAUUCUGUGUUACAUCGCUCCUGUUUGAAGUUGUUUUGUGUCUGUACAGAGCACGUUGUCUCAGCUUGUUCCUGUGUGCAGUCUUUGUGAUUGGGACAUGCUGCCGAGGCAAUAUUAGAUGUAGACGUUGGAUAACAAUCAUUCUUUUAGCACCAGUUACUCAGGUUCAUUCACCUAACAGUAAUUUAUACUUAAGUAUCACCUGGUAUCAUAAUAGUUGUAAUUGUAUAACUUUGUUGCAAAGGUAACUGAAGCUACACAACAGUCGUGAAGGAAAUCAAAACGAAGAAGAGCUUGUUAAAUGUGUGAGGUGUUAAUGUUUCAUCUGAAAUUAAGGACUUUCGCUUAAAGUCUUGAAGUUUUCAGGAAAAACCUCUGUUAAUGUUUCUCUCUCCUGAACCUGCUGGAAGAACACGGUGAACUGAUAAGGACCACGUUUCACCCCACCUCUGUGUACUUAGAGGGCCUGUAACUCUGAAAAUAUUCAAAGUACGAGUGUGGCAUGAUUUAUUUAAAUGUACUAAAGCUAUUGUACAGAAAAAGCAUCUGAUUAUGAGUCAAGUGUGAAAUUUUCCAGAUUUUUAUAUGAAAUAUAAAUGAUGUUGGUUGGUUUUACAUUGUUUCCAUCUGAAGCACCUGAUUAAAGUUUGCACAUUCUAGUCA